AUGGGCUAUGCUCGUUCCAAGACCCCUUCGAUCGGCGAUCGGCCUGGAACGCUUCCAUUCAAGGAAGUAAAGCGGAAGGCCAUUUUGGCUGGCCUGAGAUGCAUGAAAGCUCCGGCGGUAAUUGCAAUGUUGGUCAACGCCAUCUUUGCGAUGCCAUCCUUGCAGUGGGGACCAUCCCAUGAGAUAUCCCACUUGGAGCUGUUUGCUGGGGAAUGCUCUGUCACCCGCGGAGAAUUUCAGGAGGGCCGCACUGAUUCCAUCGCCCUGGACAUCACCCACGAUCCGGUGACCAUGGACUUGACCACACCCACUGGAUUUUUGACUGCUUGCUAUCAUGCGACAUGUCUCCGAGUUGGUGCAGGUCUACUUGCAGCUCCAGUAUGCUCAAGCUUUGUUUACAUGUCAUCCGGUACAAGUCAGAGAAGUCACGCUCAGCCACUCGGGCAGACCAAGUACCCAUCAGUGGCGCAAGGAAAUUUGUUGGCUUCCAGAACUUUGGUGAUUAUCUUAAUAGCUGCCAGCCUGAAUGUGUGGUGGUUACUUGAGCAACCGCAGGGAAGCUGGAUGGAACUGCAUCCACUAUUCCAGGAAGUCUUGCGCUUGCUAGAUGUGUGGAGGCAUCGCUUCACUAUGGGGGCUUAUGGAAGCCCGAGUGAAAAACCCACAUGGAUUUAUUCGAGCGAAGAAUCAGUCGAAGAGCUCGAGAAGUUCAGGCCUUUGUUCCAGACCAAGAAGGACAAGGUGAGUCUUGUUGACCGCUACACGGAUGGAAGUGGGCGUCAGAGGAUCAAGGGCAACAAGAAUCUCAAGAUGAGCCAAUCCUACCCUUUACCGUUUGGCAUUGCUUUGGCACGCCUUCGAAGUCACCAUGCGGCCCGAAUCAAGGCCCAGGCGGUGAAAACCAUCAAGCAGAAUGUGAAGACCUAUCGCACUGCCCAACUUGGAAUGGGGCGACUUGUCCUCAAGACGGGGCUUAAAGGUGCGCCACCCACCUCGUGUGGUGGCAUGGCAAAGUCAAACAAUAAGACAGACAAGGCGGAAAGGAAAAGGGUCAAGGUUAUUGCUAAGACCAAGGCAGAAAAGAAGAAGUGUGAGAAGGCUGAGAAGAUCUGUUCAGAUCGUCAGAAAAGUCAGAAGAGGAAGGGAGUUCCACCUACCAAUGCAACCCAUGUAGCCAAGAAAGCAAAGAAGGAAAAGACAGAUCCUCCUCAGCGUGGCAAGAAGACUCCUCAACAGGUGUCGCAGAAACAUGGCAAGACCAAGAAGACAGAAGGUGGAACCAAGAAUGUAGACCAACCACCGGCCCAGCCAGUUCGCCGUUUGUCAGGAAAAACGAAGCCUCAAGAUGCCAUCUCUUCGACUCCUUCAGAGACUACAGUACCCUCACCUUGCAAGGAGUUGUUUCCUGAUCAAGCUUCAGGUAUCGCUUCACCUGCAGUUUCUUUGGCAAGCCUACAUGCAUGGAAAAAGGAAGCCACUGAGCGAGGUCUUUCCCUGGAGCAGUACAUGGAGGAGGUGUCUCAGAAAGAGUUGGAAGCCAAUCUCGAGGCACACAUGGCAAAACUUGUUGCUGAGCAGAAGGCUGACCAUGAAGAACAAGAUUCUUCUUCUGACUCCAGUGAUUCAAGUGAUCAAGAAGGGUCGGAAGAGAGCGAGGAUGAUGAUGGUGAACACGAGACGACAAAGGGAAAGAACCCUGAAGAUUCCGAGGGGGAGUCUGGAGAUGAUGGUUCCCAAGUCUCAGAGGAUGACAGCGAGAUUGAUGAGGAUCUUGAUGGAGAGGAGAUGGAUGAGGAGGACGAGGCUGUCAUUGAUGGCAUUGACAAGCAGCUUGCCUUGCCAGCACCAGCUGAGACACCCACAGCAGCACCCACAGCCACACCAGCCACACCAGCGGCACCAGUGGCACCCCAGCCUGCAGCACCCACCGGUCAGAGCCAAGUGGCCAUGGCUGCCAUCCAGCAGAAAGAAUCCCCGCCCCAGCCACCAACAGAACCAGCCCCAGCUGACCAAUAUGCCAAUGCAAAUUCCCGAACCCACAAGGCAGAGUGGGACAAGUUCUCACGCCAGUGCAUCGACCGGAAAAAGUUUCCUUGUACCCUUGCUGCCCACUAUCUUCGAGACAAGACAGACCUGUUUAGGGUUGAAGUGGUCAUGCAGCGAAAGGCGGAGAAAGUGACCCUGAACCGAAAGGAAAGAGAGGGAGUGAAAGCGAGGGACAUAUUGAAGAAGUAUCCAAAGGAGAAAGCCGAAGCCCUCAUGAGCAACCUCAAAAAGAAAGGUCUGUGGUACUACGACCCUGAUUUUGAGAAUGAUGAUGAGGAAGUGUACUACUACAUCAACGCUGGCAACAAGAUGCGUUCCGACGAUCUCACCAAGGAGAGCGCCUCGGUGAACAUCCGGGACAAAGGCAACCAGGAACUUGCGGAAGCUCUCAUCGAUCCUGAGGGUGGAGUGUUGGCUUCUGGGUUCCAGCCAGAGGUUCAAGCUGCCACCGAAGAGGGUCAGAAAAAUUUGCUUGAAGCUUUGCAUGCGUCAACAGUUCAGAAACCAAAGAAGGGAAAGGGCCAAAGUUCUGAGAAGACUGAAAAGGCUGUGCCGCAAACUUUGGAUGAGCUGGCAGCUGCCAAAAUGGAAGAAUGUUUGAAGAAAGGAGCUGAAGGCAGGAAAUUCGCAAUUGCCCUUGAAUCCCUCGAAUAUUCUGGGGACCUUGCGAAGCAGCUCUUCGCAUUUUCGUCGAAGAUGGAGCAAGUCUUCAAACGCCUUCAAGAGCUCAGAAACAAGAAGGAGACCGAUCCCAAGCUUUACAACAAGCAUUUCAACAUCAUCGAAGAGAAGUUGGCGUGGUAUGCGAAAGCUGAGUCUGCAGCCAAAGCCUUGCAGAACGGAUUGGGUAGUAAGCCAAAGAAGGGUAAGGUGUCGAAGAGGAAGGAAAAGCAGGAAAAGUCAGGUGCAGCUGAUGCUUCAAAAGAAGCUCCAAAAAGCUGAGCCGCAAAGUCAAUAGCUCAGGGUCAAAACUGGACCAAAAUUUUGUCUUUAGGAUCUAGCAGCUUUGAGAGUGGAUAGAAGCCAAGGGAGUGC